AUGACGACACCUAGUGGCCGAAGAACCAGAGCUUCCAUCGACGCUGAACUUGAACUACUUGAAGCUCAGCUCCAGACCCUAAUUUUACGGGAAAGCGACAUUCAGAAAGUGAUAGACCAUGCCCAAAGAAUGAAAGAUGCACUCACUCUGGAGAGACUGUCCACCGAGAAACAGAAAGCUGAACUCGAGGCUCAAAAAGAGCCCAUUAACUGGCUUCCGGUCGAACUGCUUAUCCAUAUCUUCUCUGCAUAUGCCGUCCUCGGAUAUUCAACUGACAACCCCCAUCCAUCCGUUACUGUGUCCCAUGUUUGCAGGAAGUGGCGAGAUAUUGUUCUCGAUGCUCCUGAUCUUUGGCGCCGGAUUGUUCUGCGGGGAUUCCAAAGAAGAGCACCCUUUCGAGUGUAUUUGGAACGGUCAAUGGACUCCCCUCUGGAUAUAGACUAUACAACUAUGCCGCGCAUUUCUACAUCUGAAGAACGCUACCAAGUCAUGAAGUUAGCGGAAAUAUGCAACCCGCAUUUCAGGCGCGUGGAAAGUCUAUCUAUUCAGGUGAAAAAUGCCAUAGCCUUCCUUCCGUUUAUCUUGAUUAUCAAGGAUCAUGUCAAAAUGCUCCCUCGACUACGCCAUCUAAAUGUUGCAAUAUCCGCGCAAGACCCAUCGUUCCAUGACAUCUCUAGUCUCCUUGAUGCCGACCGAAUUGCUCUCACAAAUGACACAGUUUUCAUUCCAAGCAGCAGCAAUCUUCGCCGCCUAAAGAUAGAAAAGAUACCAUUGUUCAAUUUUCCUGCCUCAUUAAUUGCAAAUCUCGUAUCCCUGGAGAUCGUCUACUCUCCAAGGUCGACGACCAACCAUUACUUUGUCAAGAUGUCUUCUCUCUGUCGCUUCUUGACACUCACCCCACGGCUAGAGGAGCUGGUUCUGGCUAACACUGUACCAUAUUUUGACGUGUACCCUUCUUCUGAGGCGCCCGACGUCUCAGCAAGGGAAAAUAAGGAAGAAAUGCAACCAGUGAAUCUCCUCCAUCUCAAAUCGAUCGACUGGACUUUUCCCUUCUGUGGAGACAUUCAUCGUCUUCUAUCUUUGAUCAAUGCGCCAGGUCUGGAAAGACUCGAUCUCUGGGUCAACGAUCCUCCUAGGCGUCUCGACAUAGACUACGUCCGAGGCUAUACGUACACCUCAUCUUCAUACUCUCUGCGCAACACAGUCACGUAUCCCUCACUCCGCGAUCUUAGCGUGCAAUACGCAGGAGAAGAGGCGUCCUCUCUUUCUUUGCGAAAUUUCUCCUUCCCUGCCCUAGAAAAGCUGGCCUUUACCAACAUUGACACCGCGGCUCGAAGACCCGGUGGAUAUAUGCCAUCCCUACCUGUAUUUCCGCGCCUAGAAUCCAUAUUUCGCGACCCCCGCCUUCCGAAUCUGACGCACCUGACGCUAUCGCACUUUGAAAUCUGGACAGAAGUGGGUCGCGUCGAGGCAAUGCUCGGAUAUAUGCCGCUGCUCACUUCCCUUUCUCUCGAUGCAUGCCCUGGGACUUGCAAGCUCCUGAACGCCCUGCAAGAGCAGGUCGUUCCAGCUACUAACAGGGUCCAAAGCGCGCGGAGGGGAGCGGUGCGUGGCGUCAAGCUUUGCCCGAGGCUAGAGGCUCUGUCGUUCUGGGGGUGUCAAGACGUCGACUUUGCGACGCUCCUUGCGGUUGUUUACUCCCGGAACAGAAGCGCCAGUGGCUUCGCAGAAGAAACCACGCAUAAAGACGAGUCUGCUACUCCGAAUGGAGCAACACAGGCAAUCGUCACGCGGGGACUGCGGGAUGAGAAUAAUGGGGGCGCCAGUCAUAGGACAGAGCCGGCCCAGAUGGGAAGGAAGAUUAAACCGUUGAGGAAGCUACGCCGCGAUCCACCCGAACUACCAGGGGCACCGUCGGCUGAAAAUGUAGCAGCUGCAACACGGUCUAUGGCCACAGUCAUGAUACAUGCUGCACGCCGUCCAGCACAAAUUAUCUAUUUGCGCAUGACGGACUGUAAGCUGAUUAGUGAGGAAGAAGCCAUACAAUUUAAAAGCCUCGGUGUUGUAGAUGUAAUUUGGUCUGGGUCGGACCAGUGA